GAACUUUCUGCGACAAACUUUCAACCUCACGAAGUCCUUUGCCGGUGAAGCGUUCUCAUCAUUCCUGCAGCGCGGCACAAUGGCCACCCUGAACCAGAUGCACCGGACGGGGCCUCACGUGAAAGUGCGGCCUCCGCGCCAGCCGCUCGACGGAAAACCGUUCGCCAAGGGUGUGGUGCUGAAGACGUUGAUCAAGAAGCCGAAGAAACCGAACUCGGCCAACCGGAAGUGUGUUUUGGUGCGCCUGUCGACGGGCAAGGAGCUGGUCGCGUACAUUCCCGGCAUCGGGCACAACCUGCAGGAGCACAACAUCGUGCUGGUGCGCGUUGGCCGCUGCCAGGAUCUGCCCGGUGUGAAGAUCAAGUGCGUCCGCGGAAAGUACGAUCUUCCGCACGUGAUCAAGCAAAAGUAGCACGAAACGCACUGACUGGUAGUGCAGAAGUGUAGCCAAACAAAAUGCAAAAAACGGAUGGAAUAGGCAUUUAAUGGUGUUCAAAAUCCAACAAAAAAUAUCAAUAAACGUU